GAUAGGGACAGAAGGGAUACGGGUGUGGCGGUGGGCACCGGUAUGAUCGACAUGAAUGAAGUCAUACGCAAUGGUGAGGCGCUCAGUAGCCAAGGCUUUCGUAUGGUUUCCCCACAUUUCGUGACCAAACUGUUGGUGAAUAUGCCGGCCGGACAUAUCAGUAUCAAACACGGCCUCCAGGGGCCCAACCAUUCCGUGUCGACCGCCUGCACCACUGGCGUCCACUCCAUCGGCGAUGCCUUCAAUUUCAUCCAAAGAGGCGCCGCCAAUGUGAUGGUGUGCGGGGGCACUGAGUCCGUCAUCAGUCCGCUAUCGGUGGCCGCCUUCGCCAGAAUCCGGGCGUUGUGUACGAAAUACAACGACAACCCAACCCAAGCCUCCCGUCCCUUCGACGCCAAACGAUGCGGUUUUGUGAUGGGAGAGGGCUGUGGACUCGUUGUGCUCGAAGAACUCAAUCACGCGCUCAACAGAAAGGCUAACAUUUAUGCGGAAAUCCUCGGUUACGGACUGUCGGGCGACGCGAAUCAUAUGACAGCGCCGGGUGAGGACGGGAGGGGAGCGGUUGAGUGUAUGCGGGCGUCGGUAGACGACGCGCACAUACGUCUGGAGGACAUAACGCACAUCAAUAGUCACGCGACGUCCACACCAUUGGGCGAUAAAAUUGAAUUGAAAGCCAUUAGACAGCUAUUUGGCGAUCACUCCAAGAAUAUUCUCAUCACUAGUACUAAGGGCUCGACUGGACAUCUGUUAGGCGCUGCGGGAAGUGUUGAGUCGAUAUUCACAAUACUCUCGUGUUAUCACUCAUUAGUUCCGCCGACAAUCAAUUUAGAAGAACCUAUAGAUAAUGAGUUGCAAAUAGUGGCAAAUGUGGCGCAAAAAUGGCGGCCGAAGAGACGAAUUGCGAUCACAAACUCGUUUGGUUUCGGCGGAACUAAUGCAUCGCUCGUUAUCUCAAACUUUAUCCUUUGAGAGACCCUUCGAUUGGAACCACUGGUCGCUCUUGUCUUCAGACAUAG